AUCAAUCUAUGAUGUACUCGUAUUCGAUACACUCCUCAACUGUUUGUUUCUGUAAUCUGUGCCUCUGAUACUCCAAUGGCGACGAAGGAGUUGCAGAGCGUAGCGUUCGGUUCAAAAGAGGCGGCGGCUAUGGUGAAGGAGCUGAGGGAAAGUUAUGGCUCCGGUAAGACCAGAAGCUACGAGUGGAGAGUGUCGCAACUGAAGAACAUUGAGAAAAUGACGGAGUAUCAUGAACAGGAAAUCAUUGAGGCUCUUCGCUCCGACCUCUCCAAACCCGAAUUUGAAUCCUACAUUCAAGAGAUAGCGCUAUUGAAGAACUCGUGUACAUUGGCACUUAAAGAACUCGAGUCUUGGAUGAAGCCUGAAAAGGUCUAUUUGCAUGUUAAAUCUUCACCAGUCAUUUUUCCGUCGUCAGCCGAAAUAGUGCCCGAGCCUCUUGGUGUCGUACUAGUAAUUUCAGCAUGGAAUUAUCCUUUGUUGGUGACCCUUGAUCCAGUUGUCGGAGCCAUUGCGGCCGGUAAUGCUGUGGUUGUAAAACCGUCGGAACUUGCUCUAGCCACAUCGUCAUUGCUUGCGAAACUAUUAGGAGACUACAUGGAUAACUCUUGUGUUAGAGUUGUUGAGGGGGCUGUUGCUGAAACAUCUGCACUAUUAGAGCAAAAGUGGGACAAAAUAUGUUACACAGGCAACCGAAGAGUGGGACGGAUAGUGAUGGCUAGCGCCGUGAAGCACCUUACACCAGUUCUUUUAGAGCUCGGAGGAAAAUGUCCAGCUGUGGUUGAUUCUGGCAUUGACUUACAAGUAUAUAUGGAUAUCUUUCUUUUCCAAGUCCUGAAACUCUAAUUUGUUUUUACAUUUUCAUCACUUGCUGCUCUAUAUAUAUAUAUAUAUAUAUAUAUAUAUAUAUAUAUAUAUAUAUAUACAGCAACGUUCCAAAGAGGACGUCCGCGAAUUUGAAACUACGGAUCAAACACGUGUCAUCCAUUGGUUGGUCGUUGAAAUUUCAACGGAGUCAACUUGAUUUUCAAAGCUUAUAUGUGGGUCCCCACCCAUAUCAUCUUCUCUGUCUCUCUUCCUCUUCCUCUUGAAGGAUCCAGAACAAGGGGACUCGUGCAUGGUGCCCGGUUCGAUCUCGGUCUUUUUCUUGAGGCAAAGUGGCUACAAAGCUAACAAAGGUCGCACUGCUGCAGUUAGUGAAGUUAACAAAGGCUACAAAGCAUCCUUACAAAUCAUCAUGAACUAUCCAAUUUCUAUUCCAAUUUGUCUCUGUUUUAUCAAAUCUAUGAUAAGAAAAAUACUGCACCAGAACUUCCAAUUUCCCGGUCUUUUUCAUCUUUUUUUAUCAUCCACUAAUCUAACUCAAAUCAUAUAAGAACCCAUAAGGCCAUAAGCUGCCAAAAUUUCCAAGCAACCCAUCGCAAUCCAUCAGAGAAUCAUGACCAUAUUAAGCAUCAAUCUCCCUAUCUGAAAAUCUCAGUUCUUUUUUCUUUCAUUUUGAGUAAGGAAUGAACGUUGGGUUUGAAUCAAUGAUUUUUGGCAGCUCCUGAUUAAUUGAAAUUUCGACUCCGACCACCGUCGAUUCCAGAAGCGGCUUCUGUAAAUUCAACUCCAUCUUUUAGAGCAACCUCAAACCAACCAAUGUGUCUCCAAUUCUCCCAUGUUAGCAUUCGCGCCUCCAAAAUGAUGAAAUCGAACUGUUAGUUACUUUCAGACUCUUCAAUUUGAAUCAUAGCCUAUAUUCAAAUUGUUCAGAGACCAUGAACUCUAAGAUUUUAUAGAUCCAGAUCCCCACCAAUGACACAUACCACCAGGAAAAAAAAAACUCCUAUUCUUCCUCCAAUUCUUCUUCUCCCAUCUUGCGAUGCAAUCCUUAUAAAAAAAGCUCCAAAGAAAAUGAUGAUUUCAGCGACCCAAUCUCAUUCUCAACCUUCCUAUGCUCCAUCAGAACCAGAAACGAAUUCACCCAGUGACCAAUUUUCACUUCCCGAAAGAAACCAAGUCAGACCCACACCUUUACUGAGUUCACUCAGAUGAUUUUGUUGGGCAUGAUGUUUUUGCUGGCAACAAUGAUGAUUAGAAAGGAUGAGAGUCGAAGGGGAUGGGAUUGUGAGAUCAGUGGUGGAGGGGAGGAGAGAAUGUGAAGUUAGAGCGGAGCUUGAGGCGGCAGUGGCGGUGGUGGUGGUUGGCGGGUUUCUUUAGGGAAUGGGAGAUGAGCAGCAACACUAGAAAGUGCUGCCCAUUUCAAGAUUAACACUUUCUAUUCAAUCUGCUUUUGUUUUGGGAUUUGGAGAUUGGAGAGACGGAGAAGGAUCGGGAUUAAGAGAGGAUUCAGUCUUAGAAAACCAUAUUAGAGUUGGAGACGGAGGAGGAGAUGUGGGUAGAACCCACAUGGAAAUGAAGUUGAUUGACUGGCUGACACGUGUUUGUCCGCAUUUUUCAUUCUUCACGGACGUCCUCUUCUGAUCCCUGCUGUAUAUAUAUAUAUACACACACACACACACACACACACACACACACACACGGAGGCGUUCUAAAGAUGACGUCCGCACUUUUGCUAAAGUGCGGACGUCGACGCUGCAGCUCUGCUCAGGCCGCGACGGAGCGGCGCCGCUUGCCGGACGGAGGCCAGGGGUCGGACAGACCAGUCUGCAGUCGGGUGGAGUCACCGGCGACGAGGUUGCAGCGCUGCCCAGAAACUUGCAGUUGCAGGUCAGGUCGCUGCCCAGAAACUUGCAGUUGCAGGUCAGGUCGCUACCCAGAACCUGCAACCUCGAUCUCCUCCGACCUAGCUUGAUCGCUACCCAGAACGGUCUGGGAUGCAUCCAGCCUCCGUCCGGCAAGCCCCGAGCUGCCGUCGCCGCCUGAAACGCCACAGAACCGUCGAUAUAUAUAUAUGUGUGUGUGUGUGUGUGUGUUUCGGUUAGUCAUUUUGUUUUUCCUAGGUCGCAAGUAGGCGGAUUGUUGUAGGAAAGCGGGGAACACUACUACAAUUAUAUGCUAUAAGGACACCUAUCAAGGACACAUUAUUCAUGUGGUGUCCUUGAAGGGUUAUAAGGACACUCACAUAUAAAUGAGAUUAUUUAGAGGGUUGAGACUAUUCGGAGGACACAGCCGGCCUCUUUAAUGUGGUGUCCUAAAUAAUCCAAUUUCAGUUUACUGCUCCAAAACAGCUCCAAAAUUAGAUUUCGCGCCCGAGCUCUCUCCCUCCCCAAAUUUCGCUUCCUCCCUCCCAAAUUUCACUUCCCUCCUCCCCCAAAUUUUCGACUUCCCUCUUCAAUUGAAACCCACUAGAAGAGGAAAGAUGAUGUUUCUUUUAAUCUAUUUCCAGUUUUUAGAACAAAAAAAAGAAACUCCAUCUGAAAGGAACUUCGAGCUGAUUCGAGUCGGUGGAGGAGGUGGCGACUACAAGGUGACUCGCAACAAGGUCCAACUCGUAGUAAUGGUGUGAGACAUAUCAUGGGUUCAGUGGUUAGUGAGGUUAGUUGAAUUUGGAGGUUACUCGAUCCUUAUUUUUUCUAAUUUCUUGUUAUGCUUGUGUCUUGGGUUGGGAGAUUCUGGGAAAAAUUUGAUAGCACUGAAUGUCUUAUUGCAGCAUGUUGAGGUUCUGAACCCAUUUUUGAUAGGAAGAUGUUUCGCAUGUAUUGGGAUUUGGGGCAUGGGGUGGAAUUGGAAAAGCAGCGAUUGCAUAUAUAUCUCUGUGGGUUCUUGUAAUUGAACAUGAUCUGCCAGCUUCUAGUCUUAGUAGUAAACAAGUAGGAAGUACUAAACUAGAUGGUGCCUAAAUUGAAUUAAUCUUACACAUGUAGUGAUACUAAUUUGGGCUUAAAAAUAUAAACUUUUAUUGAAGUCAUUAGUGAGAUUGAUAUGCCAUUGU